UGAAACAGGAAGUGGGCAGUGUGUGUACAUGUAUUUACAAGUAAACAAGCGAUGACGGUUAAGUCAAGUUUACCGGGACAGCUGAUUUUAAUUGAAGCACUAGGAAACGGAUGAUUUCUCAUACACACUUCUUCGUAACAUGUUGUGUUUAAUGUGAAGGCUAUGUUAAGUGCAUAAUUCUUCACGGAUUAGAAGCUGAUGAUUGUUGUACAAAUUAUUUACAGAUUUUCACUUGUAGGCAGAUUUACAAAUGGAGCAUAGUAACUGAGAUAGAGUUGAAUAGCAGACCAAACCAUGCCAUUCAUACAGAGAUGUUUGGAACCCAUCAACGUCAGUCGGGUAGAGGUAGAGAAGGGCAUUAAGAAUGAGUUAGAAUGCGUGACCAAUCACACGCUGGGUAACAUCAUUCUGCAGCUUAGCAGUCUCAGCAAGCAUGCCGAGGACAUGUUCACCGAGCUGUCACAGGAAGUGGUGACGUUUACCAACCGCACACGGCAGCUCCAGGGUCGGAUCGACCACCUUCAGGAGAAGGUUACCAGGCUGGACGCGGCUGGAGAACUUGUUUCCAUUCUCGACAUACAACAGAAGAAACCGUACAAGAGUUCUUCUCAACACGACCAACAAGUGGUUUCUAGAUCUACAAUACCUAGAUGUAUCCUGAAGGCUUACAGUCAGGGGGAUGCGACUCCUGCUCUGGAUAAACUCAAUCCCUACAGAGAGGAUGGAAGAGACAGUGUCAAGUUUUACACAGAUCCGGGUUAUUUCUUUGAACUGUGGUUCCAGGACAUCCAGAAAGACAUAGAGAAUAGGAAAACAGAAUUAAAGGCCAAGAGGAAAAAGAGACCGCAGAAAGCAAGUGAGAAAAAGAAAGUACCUCGAAAGGUAGAAACAAGAGCGGAGAGAUUUAAGGAUAUGAAACAUGGAGUAGAGCUAUCGGACUAUGCUGAUCCUGCCAAACUAAAAAUACAGAACAACCAACCACGGCCUGAAAGCUUGGAAGUGAAUACAAGACAUCAGGACAAUAUCUACAAUGACCAAAGGGGCUCUAGGCCUCCCAAUGGGCCCCAUUAUUCUCAGGAUGUGUCACGACAGUCAAACAUAAACAUUGAGAACAACAAUUAUAUUACGCAGACCGGUAACCACCAGUCACAGCAUGUUCAGAACCAGUUAUCUCCAAAGCAGGGUCGACUAUCUAACAUGUCACAUAGAGGCUCCUCGGGAAGCAUUGGUGCCACAAGGCCAAGUCAACCCCCGCCUGCUCCCCCUCCUUUCCUUGGUAAUGCCGCACACCAGAGCCCAGCAAGGGACAGUCUACCGCCUCCUCCACCUCCACCCCCAGCGGAAAACAAUGAUCCAAGACGGUAUCAGCCUAAUCCGGAGAUAACACGAAUACCUUCUACACACAGACCGUCUCCUUCGAGGCAAGAAGUAGACUUGCUGCCCCCACCUCCCCCACCUCCUCUGAGCCCAGAGCAAAAUCUUCCUCCUCCCCCACCCCCACCACCGAUAAAUUCAGAAGUUGCACCCCCUCCACCCCCGCCACCGCCGCCACCACCUAUGCCUUUGACUAAUGGUGUAGAUGAUGAGAGUUCUUCCAAUGGCUCUGGGUCUAUAAAGAUGGAGCUUACUACUUCCCCCAAACUGAAACCGACACCCAAGCAACCAGCCAUGUUGGAUGACAGAAGUAACUUAUUGGCACAGAUUCGAAUGGGAACUCAUAAAGAAAAAUUACGCAAGGUGGAAGAGCGGGAACAAGAAAGAUCGAACAAAUCGGCACCGGGUAGUAACUUUGAUGUUCAUUCCAUCAUGAACAGAGCAUUUGAAAUGCGCCGCAAAGUGAUAGAAGAAAGCGAGGAAGAAGACGGCUCCUCUGAUGACGAAUGGGAUUGAUCAGCAUUAAUUAAUUAAUUAACGAUACAUUGUAUAUACCAUUGGCAAUGACUCUUGUUGAUUAUGUAUCCAUAGCAACAAGGUUUUUGCAUAAUUUGAUUAAAUCCUUCUUCAAUGAAACCAUAGAUGGAGUUGCCAGAUGUGCACAUGGCAAGAAAGAAUGCAGUGUGUCAGAGAUUCAGUUAGUGCUGAUGUAUUUACCUAUAAUUACAGACUACUAUCAAAGCAUUGGUAUAGACUCAAGUUAUACAUGUAUGAAAUUUGUAUUCCAAGACACCCUGAAAUGAAUCAAAGGUGAUUGCUUAAUCGUGGCAUAGAGAACUUUUUUUUUCCCAUCCUCUCAUAAUGUACAUGUGUAUCGCUUCAUUCCAGAUUCGUGAAUAUCCUGACAUUGAUUAUACAGAAUAUAACGCGUGAAAUUGAACGUCGUGUACGUGGUUCAGCCAAACUAUCUAUAGACAUCCUGAUACAUCUACUUAUACUGUGUAAUCCCAUGUAGUAUCAAUCAGAUUUGUGAAUUAUCUUGAAUGUGAAUAGUUUUAAUUUUACUGCAUAAUAUAAGGAUGUGAUAAGACCAUACUAACAUGCCUCCGUUAAGAGCAUUUGAUACCUUUUAAGAGUUGGACAAGGUACAUACCAUUCACUUCUGGAUACCCAGACUAUGUAGGAUUUGUUGACACAGAUCCAGACUAUGUAGAACUAGUUUACACAGAUAUCCAGACAGUAGGACUUGUUGACAUAGAUAUCCAGACAGUGUAAGACUUGUUGACACAGAUAUCCUGACAGUGUAGGACUUGUUGACACAGAUAUCCUGACAAUGUAGGACUUGUUGACACAGAUAUCCAAACAGUGUAAGACUUGUUGACACAGAUAUCCAGACAGUGUAGGAUUUGUUGACACAGAUAUCCAGACUGUGGUAGAACUUGUUGACACAGAUAUCCAGACUAUGUAGGACUUGUUGACAUAGAUAUCCUGACAGUGUAGGAUUUGUUGACACAGAUAUCCUGACUGUGUAGAACUUGUUGACACAGAUAUCCGGACAGUGGUAGGUGUUACUGUAGGGUAUUCCCUUUGUCUCUAUAACUGGAUGACACUUGUGUUUCGUUAUCUUAAGGACAAUGUACAGUCAAUCUGUGAUUCUUAUUUAGUGGUUAUCAUUACUAAGAUAUAAAGUACUAAAACAAUGAUAUGGCAUCUAUUGUGCAUGUAUGCAAAAAUAAAUUUUUCCCCUCAGAAUACUCAUUCUUGGAGCUUGGAGCACAUCUUGCUUUAAACACUUUUUGCCUGAUUGCCAUGGUUUGGUAUGCUGAAAUGCAAUAUAUUUUCCCCCAAUUUAUAAAUGUAAUACUUGACCUUUGAAAUAUUUUCCAUUACAAAUAUACUGCUGUUACAACACCCUCAGUUGUCUUCCUUGAGUAGUGUUACUAGGUUAUAUUAAUGUCAGUUGUUGGACUAUUGUCUUCUGACAUGAAAUUUUAUUCUAGUAAAUGUGCGUAGAUGAAGCCAGGAUUUACCCCUAAACAAUAUUUCAUAGUCUUCUUGUACAUAAUGUAACAUUAAGAUUUCAUGUGCAAUAUUAGCUUUGCUUGGAUGUUGGAAAUUGAAGACAACUCCACCUUUAUUACGGGAAAUGUUGUGAGAAAAGAAGUGUGUGAUAGUUUUUGUCAUUAUUGUGUAAGAAUUCUUGUCAUUUUUAUGCCUCUGAGAUAGGGGGUUGGGCAGAUUGUUUUGUUUUUUCGUUGUUUUUUUUUGUUUUUUGUUUUUUUUUGGGGGGGGGGGGUGUUCCUUUGUCAAUCUUCAGCUCAAACCUUGAUCGUAAUGUUUGAGACAUAGAAAACUUGAGACUUCAUGUAUUAAAAGACCAAGUUAAUGCUGCUUGACUGAUAGAGAUCAAGGUCAUAUCCCAAGGUCAGAUGUGAAAGAAUUGAACAUAGCCAUUAUCUGGGGCAUAGCUGUCUGUUUCCCCUUGGUGUUUUUUGUCCAUAUUCACAUUAAAAAAAAACCUCAAAGGUGACACAGUACAAAGAAUAUGUAUACAUCUUUUUAUGACUUUAAACAUAGGAUUGUCUUCAGAAACAAUGUGAUAAUUUUCCUGUAUGUGGUGAAGAAAAUGCCCAUAUUUUGUGCCAGCAUUAAUCAAUGUCUGACAUUGCCAAAAAGUUUAUUCAUGUUUUUUAAAGUAUUUUAAACUGGAGUCGCCUUUUUCUUAUAAACAUCUUAGUUUUGUUCUUGCAUUUUAAAACCAGAUGUGCAGAAUUGUUUUCUUUUCUUAAAUUCCUACCAGAUUGUUUGGUAGAUAACUUUUCAAUGUCGACCUAGGACAGGGAUGCUGUAGACUCUACCUCAGAGAUGUGCUGUCUUUAUAGGUUGCGUUGUAUAUUUAUACUGCUUUCAGUAUUGUCAUUCACCUUCUAUUUUACAGAUAUUUAUUGAAAAUAAUGCGAUAGUAUUCAGUAUGCCCUACAGCCGUAUAUUGAUAAUUAUAAUUGCAGUAAUUGCUCAUUCUGUAUGUCCAUUCGUACCACGAUAAUAUUUCUUGUGUAAUUUAGAUUGAUUUCAGAAACAAGUUAUUUUCAGCAAACAGUUGUAUCAGCUUCAGAUAAUUUGUAUCUAUAAGAGAACACUCAGAUAUAAAUGAUGAAAAUUGUAUUUAUUUGCAAUCAGUACCAAUAUGCAAUUUCAGAUUGUGUCUUUAUCUGCAAAUAACAUAAAAAAUGAACGAGAUUUUUUUUUCUUUAGCUCUUUAUCCAAGUUAUUCCCCUUGACUUCUUUUGAUUUGUAUAUUCAUAGAUACAUGUAAAUCAGGAUAUGACUGUAUCAAUCAUCCCAUAGUCGAAAAGAAUAAUCAUAUAACCAUUAAUACUUAUAUAAUUCAGUAAUUGUGUGUAUUUGAUGCAAGAGUUGUCCUAGUUUGGUGGGAGGGGGUGUAAUUACUUGGUCGGUUUCAAAAUAAUUUUUUUUUAAUUUAAAAAUUAGAUAUAAUUAAUGACACUGCAUAUUAACUUGGUUUUUUUUUUUAAGUCCAUACCUUUCUUUUGUAAGGUAAAGACAUUUGAUUAUUAAAAGUGGAUUUUAAUGCAGUUCUUGAACUCUUAAUUUAUUUUUAGAUGAAAGGGAACAUAACUUAUUGUAGAUGGCAUUCAUUGUCCAAUGGUGCUGUCUUAUAGAAGAGUGUUAGAAACAAGCAUGACAAAGAUCAAAAUUGAUUAGUAUUAGGAUUUUUACCUCCUGCACCCACCACUCUUUAUUGUGUACACAAUGCAUACACUUUCAAUGACACGCUGAGAAUGUGUUAUUUAAGUGCUUACACUUGUUUCACUAAUCUACAGGUGUAUUUAUGUGGGGCUUUUUUUUUGCUUGUUAGACGAAGCAGGACGUGAUGACAUCAGAAUAGCUUUUUCUCUUGUUGUAUGCAAUAAACUUGGCUUUAUUUUCAA